GCUGUGGGGGUGCUGGGCCGAUUGCAGGCUCUGCUCAAAAUCAAGGUUGGUUCAUGCUUUGGAGAUUAACCGUAAGCAGCCUUGUGUGCCUCGCAGUGGCCAUCCCUUGCGGCCCUUCGGAAUGCGGAACAUGCACUCAAGCGGAGUGUGCACUAGAACCUGGAUGCUCAAAUGAACACCUGGGAAACUUUGAGUCCUACUGUAUACCAUGUCCAAAUGGCACCUGCGCAGGGGAUGGGUCAUUAGAUAUCACCUUGGGCUGUGCCGACGGUCUGAACGUUGUGGUAUCCCUAGUGCUAGGCAUCAUUGGGGGCCUGUUAGCUGCUGCAUUGCCAUGCUGUUGCUUGAGCAAUCGCUCUCAAGAACUCUGGGCGGCAGAGUUUCUGGACGAGGAAAAUGAAGAGAUGCGGCGCUGCCAUGGCACCAUUAAAGAGAAACACAAUCACGAAAACGUCGGCGGCCCCAGCUUUUCCAUCACAAUCGACUUCAUCGCGCAGUCCGACGAUGGACCUGUUCCUGUGCGCUCCAAAUGCGGCUCCCAGCCCUCCUUUUGGAGCAAGGUCAAAGUGGGUCAAGAGGUGGACGUCAUCUACCGUAACGGUCACGUGCGCGAUUUCGUGGUGGCUGAAGACUUGCUCCAGCGACUCAUGGACACCUCCACGCGGUACCUUUUAGUCAUCGCUGGUGGCUGCUUUUGGGUCUUGGGCAUAGCCUUUGGUGUUGCUAGUUGGCCAGCUACAGGCUGUUUCUUGGGUAUCAUUCCUUUGGUGGGAAUCGUGAUUGGCGGUGCCAUCAUGGGGCACAUUUUCUUCUCCCGCUAUGCACAUCAUUUGGUGCAGCGGCACUUCUAUGUGAAUACAGGUGCAGCAGCACAAAGCCCCAUGCGAAGUUCCAGCAAAAUCAUGAGCGCCACAAGCAGUUCGUCUCUACGCCAACCAGAUGACUUGGAGGAUUGAAAAUGAACCAGGGCGUGAGCCAAAUCGACAGAUGGCAUGGGGCAUGCACACUGCCGCUGCUUAUAGCCUUUCGAACGGUGAAUAUGUUUCUUUGACGUUUAGCAGGGCAAGCUGCUCUCGUGGUCGAGUCAACUCAGGGGUACUGAGACAUCAGACCCAACAGUUGGCCGGUCGAGAACUGGGUGCCCCAACAGCGCCAUUGGCAAUCUCGUCACUGGUGUUUGGAAAGAGUCUUUGCACUGCUGCAGAGAACGUCCUUUCAUUUUCAUUGGAGAAUCUGUUUGUUGUGCGGGAGGGGGUGGCGCUUGCUGAAAUAUGCU